UAGCGAAUAAUACAGUCAGGAUGGCUAAAGGUGACCCCAAGAAGCCCAAGGGCAAGAUGUCUGCUUACGCCUUCUUUGUGCAGACUUGCAGAGAGGAACACAAGAAGAAAAACCCAGAGGUCCCGGUCAACUUCGCAGAGUUUUCCAAGAAGUGCUCCGAGAGGUGGAAGACAAUGUCUGGAAAGGAAAAGUCUAAAUUUGAUGAAAUGGCGAAGGCGGAUAAAGUACGUUAUGAUUGGGAAAUGAAGGAUUAUGGACCAGCUAAGGGCGGCAAGAAGAAAAAGGACCCCAAUGCCCCUAAAAGGCCACCGUCCAGAUUCUUCCUCUUCUGUUCAGAAUUCCGCCCCAAGAUCAAAUCCACAAACCCUGGAAUCUCUAUUGGCGAUGUGGCCAAAAAGCUGGGGGAGAUGUGGAAUAACCUGAGCGACAGUGACAAGCAGCAGUACAUCACCAAGGCGGCAAAGCUCAAGGAGAAGUACGAAAAGGAUGUUACCGACUAUAAAUCUAAAGGAAAGUUCGAUGGUGCAAAGGGUCCUGCGAAAGUUGCCCGGAAAAAGGUGGAAGAGGAAGACGAAGAGGAUGAGGAGGAAGAGGAGGAGGAAGAAGAUGAAUAAAAAAUUGUUGUUCUGUCUCCUUGUGAAUACCUUAGAGUCGGGGAGCGCUGGGACUGGAACACCUCUCACUGGAGACAUGUCUUGCCCUCAUUAGGUUUAAUUAACGAGAAUUGGAUCUGAUCAUAUUGUAGUUUCUCAAAGUGCUCUAGAAAUUGUCAGUGGUUUACAUGACGUGGCCAUGGGUGUCUGGAGCACCCUGAAACUGUAUCAAAGUUGUACAUAUUUCCAAACAUUUUUAAAAGGAAAAGGCACUCGCGUGUUCUCCUCACUCUGUGCACUUUGCUGUUGGUGUGACAAGGCAUUUCAAGAUGU